AUGGCGCAGCGACCAGGCCCCAGUUCGGGGCGCGUUGGAGAGGGCGGCUCCCAGCGCCGGAUCCCGCUGCCGGGUAUUAGUUCUACGGCAUCUGCUUUGCGCUCGCGGCGAAACGAGACGCGCGUGUGGCCGUACACAGACGAGAUCGACGACUUUGAGGUCGAGACACCUGGUGACGCGGCGCUCCAUGAGCUACCGUCUGGCAUCAUUAUGCCCGGUGUAAAAAGUGCGCGCAUGUCGCAGGCCAAUGCAAGCGCUGCGAAUGCGGCGGGCGAGGUACCCAAGAGCCAGCCAGGGCGUGUGACAGCGCUCAAAACAGGCGCCAUGUGGGCUUCUCGCGCUCCGCCGCCUAAACUGCCGGGAAGCAAGCCUGGCUUCCAGUUCAAAGGUACACCUAUGCGUGUACCGCGCUACUCACUGCCUGUUCGUGCCGAGAAGCCGGUGCGUGCGUCGAAGGUGACGGGUCGGCAUGUUCUCUUGCCCAGUGAGAGUCAGUUAGCGCCCAUGGCGAUGGCUGAGAAGCCAAACAAGGCAGGAGAGGAGGAGGAAGACGACGAAGAGGAUGAAGAGGAUGAAGAGGAUGAAAAUGAUGUGUCGCAGCAGCCUUGGGAGCAGCGCAAAGGCCCAGUGUACUAUACGUUCGAGCGCAUGCCUCCGCUGACACGCGCCACGACAGAGCUUCCACGCCUCACCUCGUAUGCGGUCUCAACGUCGCUCAAUCUGCGCGCCGUGCUAGCUUUUCUUCGUCGUGAGCAUGGCGUGCGACCGCGCUUGUACGAAGGGUGUGUGUACGCCCUGUACUUCAAACCGCUGCUGCCAGGCUUCGGACGCGCCUCCGUUCGCAGUUCGCGAGCGCCGCAGACUGGCAGUCCUGGACAGGAAAGUCGACAUGAGCGCGAAAUCCAGCGGGAUGAAGAGAGUGGCUAUGUGGGCGACUACUUUGUGCCGCAGGAGGAGCAAGAAAUGGAUACGAACGGUUACAUUCCUGAUGAGCACCAGGCGAUGGACGCGCCAGCGCCGCAGGCCAGCGUGGCCGAGCCAAGUGAUCCUGACUCGGCUGGCGCUCGGGACAUGCUGCUUGCCGAUGAGGCUGAUGAGCGACAUGAGUCGCAGCAUCGGAGGCGGCGGCGGCGUGUCGUGCGAAUCAAUGAGGCAUCACACACGCAUGCCGCCGAGCCAAAUGAGCAUGCGCCGCAGAGUAUUAAAGAUGCGCUGGAUAUGGCUGAGCUGGUACUUUUGCCGUACGGUGUGUUGGUCAUGUUCAACUUCACGCAGGAGGAGGAGGAACUGGUCAUCGCCGACAUCAUGCAGUCGGGGGCGAUUCGGAACCCCCACAAAAUGUACGACCGCGAACUCUUUCACUUCUGCUACGACCCGAAUGUGCGUGCGCCGCGUAUUCACAACGAUUUUUUCACGUUUCGCGAGCCGAACCACUUGCUCAAGCUGUCGUUGGCCCAUGCAAUUGCGCAAAGCACGAAACUCUCCGAAUUUGAAGAGAGUAUGCACAAGACACUAGAGUUGACAUCGCACAUUCCACGCGAGCUUGCACAGACGGGCGAGCUUCGUGUGAGCCGGCGAGGCGCACUGCGUAUGUCGGGACACCUGUUCAAGCUGCGUGUGGAUGUCAAUCUCACGAGCGACGUGCUUGAUACGCCCGACUUGUUUUGGGAUGAGGCAAGUCUGCAGGCGCUGUAUGAUGCGAUACGCGCAUAUCUUGAGAUUGACGAUCGCGCCCAAACACUGAAUGAGCGUUUGGCCGUGGCGAAUGAGCUCCUCGAGGUCAUUCACGAGCACUUUUCCAAUGCGGCCAUGAGUAAAAUCACUUGGAUUAUUAUUAUUUUGAUUGUUGUGGCAUGUAUCGUCGCUGUUGGCGAGAUCUCUGCGCGACUUAUCCUGCACGCUAGGUAG